AUGGAGCGUCUCUGCGACGAUGUCCUUCAACUAAUAUUCUACGAGCUUACCGACCCGGGCUCUCUCACCAUGGUCUCCAAACGUUUCUACCAGUUCUCCCAAGUCCCUUAUGUCCGAGCCCAUUACUUCCUUACCCGCUACGGCCCAACCCAGGCCAUGUUUCAAGCCCUCGGUCGGGGGAAAAUUCUCACAGAGAGAGUUCUUGACAUUUUGAUGACCAGCGGUGCACACCUCUCGCGAUAUCUAAUACAGGUUGCCUUCCAUCACUACUUCCAUACCCGGUCGCAUUUCAUCAAAACGCCCUGGGUGCGGACUGUCCCUCUCUCGGUGUUCACAUAUUUUCUCAAGUUGGCGGCGGAUACAUACGGCGAUAUACCUCGAGGCAAGUCGGAAGACGAUGGUACCAUAUUCACUUGGUUUCUGCAAGAAAGUCGGUUCCCGCCGCAAGCACGACGAGUUAAUUGGGAGACCGUACGGGACAUUCUCGACAAGUACAAUUUCAUCCCCUUCUCUCACAAGGAUCCUUUGAUGGCCCAGUUUCCAUUGGCACUGGCAUUAGAGCCACGCUUGCUCCCCUAUGCGGUAUCCAAUGGUUUCUUCAUGGACAGCAAGUACCGAAAUUUCAUUUUCCGGAAGAUGUUCGAAAAAGUUUCGGAAAGGAGCGUCGAUGAUGUUGUGAAUAACGUCAAGGAGCUUUGCAGGCUUGAUCCCACGAUGUAUGUGAGCCGUACAGUUGCCGCAGAGGUAUGUAUGGAAGCGAAGUACAAUGCCCAUGGCUACGCAGCUUUGAAGCAGCUGAACAAAUCAGGGAACUUGCUCUUUGAUCUUCCGACCCUUGUCGAGGAUCUUUUGAAAACUCAAGAGGCUCUUCAGCAUCUUUAUGCUGAUUUCCCUUCUUCUGACCCUGUUGUUCGACUGGUUAUGCUUAUGACAGUCUUCACUUCUGGAAGCUCUCAUGCAAAUGCCGCCACCAUCCAAGAACGUCUUGACACUCUGAAGAUCGGUGUACUAACCAAGACGGAUCUGUACAAUCUCCUGAUAAAUCCUUAUACGGAGAAGUAUCGCGGGCUGAUAGAGUACAUGACCAAGGGAAUGAUAUCAGAAGUGACUGGGCAAAAAGGAAUGACUACCGCAGAGGUGACGGCCAUCGUUCAAGAAGUUACUAGCCGAUGUAUGGAGAUUGAAAGCAAGGGAAAAAUGUUGAAGAAGCUCUGUGAAGAGUUCUCUUGUGUCCGUGGCGCCAUCAUACAGUCGGCUCUUGGUGCUCAUCAAGUGCACGUGGCCGACCUGCCUGAUGACUGCUCAAACUACCAUGCUAGGCUCUGCCGGUCAUAUUUCAGAACGAAUGAUGACAAUGAGUACUUCUGGAAUGGGCGUCCGAAUCGUGAGGUUAUCCCUCACGAGGGUCGUGACGAGGGAUGCUUGUCUUCCGAGUUGGCCUCAUCUAGCUCCGCCGAGGGGGUUGGCCGUGAAACGGUCUCUCCGCUUCAGGUUCUUGGUCAAAUUGGGCAAGAACCUUUGUCGGCCAUGAUCCGACAAGACGAGUUGACACCAGCAAGGUCGCGCCGAAGAAUGAUCUUCGACACGAUACCUGUCAUCCCUCCUACUUAUAUCCCUCACGACCAAAUGCAUGUUGCUAAAUGGAUUAAGGCUGAAUUCGGCCCCAGAAGCAGCGUAACGGCUGUUUUUAUGACUCAUGCCAUUAUUAACGAGAAUUCAGUCAUUCUUAACGACUACCUGGGUACCGCUGGACGUGCUCAGCGCGUACCAAUAACGUUCAAACACUUCCAAAUACUUGCCCGCUUGCGAAGAGCACCCUGUAAUCAACUCUACCGCGACAUAGAAUCGGGUGCAGAGUUCUUCUUGAGCGAAGAUGAAUACAUACCCAAGUCCGAUAAUGCGCGGAAGCUUUACAGCAAGGUUGAGGUAAAAAAGGAAUCUUCGCCGGCCAAUAUCCCCGUCAGUUCUAUGACCCCGGAACGCGAUCCAGCCUCUGGGCCUCCUCGUGGGAGGAAGCGACCUCGUAGGAUUACAGCGGUCACAGUCCGAUCUUAUGUUGUCCCCGGCUCAGAUGACGAAGCCAUUGCUGUUGAAGAUGAUGAAGACUACGAUAUGAAGAUGAAGCAAGCGGAGGGGAACUUACGUUUGUGGGUGAAGCAUUUGGGCGAGCUGUUGAAGACGGAACAAGCUAAGCACCAGGAGCAGAAGAGAAAACUCACGAGGGAGGCUGGACCCGGUGCAAGGGUCCGCGUGUAUAAGAAUGAGUUUUUCAGAUCUCUGUCGACACAUUUGCGUCUGUUACGCAAAAUUGACGAAGACAAGCGCAAAGGGCUUGAUUGUACGACGGACCAUAGUCUUAGCGACGUUGAUGACGAUGAUUAUUAUUGCCAGACUGUACGGUCUAAGAGGCGCAGGACCUCAAAGUAA